CGGAAGCGGCCGUUGUGCCGCGCGGCGGCAGAUUCGGGUGCCUGAAGCGAGCGGGCGGCUCCGGCCGCGGAAAGCGUCGGGGACAAUAUUAUAUUGCAAUUACCUCGUAAUCUGAAAGAGCAGUGUUUGGAAGAAUGACAACAGGAGACCUAAAAGGAAGUUUAAGAAAAAUAGAACAAGGACUUCGCAUGUUAAAUUAUCCAAGAGAUGUGGAUUAUACAGUGUUAGUGAAGGGUGAUCCAGCUGCAUUUUUACCCAUAAUUAGCUAUUCCUUUACAUCAUUCUCAACUUACAUAGCAGAACUUCUGGUGAAAUGUGAUGUGGAACUUACAGCAAAGAGUGACUUGCGCUUUAUUGAAGCUAUUUAUAAGCUUCUCCGAGAUCAAUUUCACUAUAAACCAAUCCUAACAAAAGAGCAGUUUCUUCAGUUUGGUUUUGCAGAAAGAAAAAUGCAGAUUGUUUGUGACAUUAUCAACUGCGUGGUGAAAAAACAUAAGGAACUAAGUAACCUGAAUAAGGUUAAAUCCCAAACAAGAAAGAAAUUCAGACCUUCAAAACGUGAAAUAUGGUCAAAUUGUGGUAAUGUUCUUGUUGAUCUCAGUGGCAGCACUCUGAAUUCCAAACAGCAUGCUCAAAAGGUGCCUCUUGUAAAACGACACUCAGGAGAUGAAGUUAGGGAUGACCUUCCUCUUGCACCUAUUAAUCCAACACUCCUCAAUCCACCGUCCCUUCCAGCAGAGGGAGGUAAUGAAGAAGAUUUGUACUUAGAUGAUGAUGUUGUGGAAGAACAAGUCGUAGAGGACAAUUCUCAGAUGGAGUUCCUAAGGAGUCAACUUGCUGAUUGCCAGGAAAAGCUUCAUAAGCUAGACUGGAUGGAAGAUAAGUUACGUGUUUUGGAAGAGAGGCUGAAAGGGAAGGUGAUUAUAGAUGAGAAGGACUGGAAUAAUUUGUUGAGCAGAGUUUUGCUUCUUGAAACAGAACUGUUGCUGCAGUCCAAAAAGGUAUAUUAACAUCAAUUUUAUUUCUAUAAUAAAAGUAGAUAUCAGAAUAAUAACAAUUUUUUUAGUGUUUCCCAGUUAUUACUAGGUGACAGGAGUGUUGCCAAACAUAGUGCUCUCAGCUUGCUUCUGUUUUUCCUACCUCUUGAUGGUAUGUCUUUCACUAUUCUUAGUGGGAUGAUCUGAAUGCCAGUGUUGUUGGAGGAUUUAUUUUAUUUUAUUUUAUUUUUUUUCAGCUUAAUUGCUACGUUCUGUUGCUUUCUGAUAUUCUGUAGCAAACUUCUCCUUUGGAAACUGUUUCCAGCAGGUGUAGCUCAGUAUAUUUUUGAAAGUAAUGACUGUGUAUGAUUUUGUAUGACAAUGAGCUCGGUGAGAUAACUUUCACAGACUUAAAAUUGUGCUGUCUUUGAAAGAUUACCAUAUGUGAAGUGGAGAAUUUCAUUGUGAUGGGGACACAUUUAAGGCUUCUUUGUCUGUGCUAUUUUGGAUUUCUCAUUCUGGGCUGCAAAUGUUGUUUCAGUAGUCUGGGUUGGUACUUUUGCCACUGAUACAGCCAAACAUCCUUUUUAGUUGUCCAGACUGAACUUUAAUCAGGUGCUGUUAUUCCCUUUGUGAUAUCUAAUGAAGUCUUAAUCUUUCAGUAGUUAUAUAUGUGGCAUAUACAAUGGAAAAUAGAGGGUUAAUGGAGAAGUUGAUUCUUACUUUAAUCAUGCACUUACUUUAUGAUUAUCUUUUAAAUAUCUAGUCUAAUUGAUGGCUCUUCUCGUUUUUGCUUGCUCUCACCUGCCUUGUCUGUGAUAUUCAUUGUAUUUUUAAAAGUAUGAAGGUAUUGCAAUGGUGAUGUGGCUGUAUUUGUCAAGUAUUAUCAAUUAUUUAUCAAGUAUUAAUAGCUUAUCAAGUAUUUAUUUUCAUGCUGUUGAAAGAUCUUUGCUAAGUAAACGCUAUUUUAUUUCAUAUAUGACUGCAUGUUUGUAUUUUAAGAUAAAGUGAAUCAUAACAUCAGUCUUGUGAUCAUAUGCUUAAUUUCAAAAUGUGUUUGCACAUAUAUCCAAAGGAUGCUAUCAGAUUCUUACCAGAAGUUGGAAACCCUUUUGAAAGAUGUGAGGUUCUUGGUUUUUCUUCCCUGUAGUUGUAAGAAUGUUGAAUUGACUCAUAACCUGGAGCUCAGAAUGUUUUUCUGGCCCUGAAAAUUUGAAGAUAUCACUUGUUUUAUUUUUUUAAUUGCUUUUCUUGAAAGUUUGCUAGUUAUGCUGAGUUUAGAAAUGGGCAAGUUUUCAGACUGACCAUGGGAUUCUUGGAACUACAUCCUUCAAAAAUAGUGAUUGACAUAAAUCUUUUUUUAAACAGUCUCAGGUCAGUAAUGGCUUAAAGCAUUUACCAUUUGAAAUCAAUUUCUUGUGCAUAAGUGUUGUAAUUUAAUUAUCAGCUGACGUAUGUCCAAGUGAGUCAGCCAAUAUUAUGUUAUUUCUCCUCUGAUGAGUUUCAAGGGCCCUUCAGCUACACUGCCAAACAGAUUUGAGUCUUUUUCAAAUGCAUUUUCUUCAAGAGUUGGUUGUUACAUAUGUGGUGCGGAAUGGCUUAUAAUUCAAAUGAGGCUUUUUUUAAAAAAAAUUCCAUAUGCGUUUGGUUUAUUAUUACUUUGGUAACAUCUAUUGAAGUAGUUCAGAGGUCUGGAACAGUAUGGAGUAUUCACUGUGAAUAUACUUGACAUUAGUGUCAUUCAAAAAUUUACUGGAAGUUUGAAUUUAGUUUGUGUGUGGCAUUGUUAGCACUUCUUUCAAAAGCAUAAGAAGCUGGGU